AUGGCAGACUCAACCACAUCGGCUCCAAAGCCAAGUUCCAGCGUCAAGUUGGUUCUCCUUGGUGAGGCGGCCGUUGGAAAGUCUUCCCUCGUAUUACGAUUCGUGAACAAUGAUUUUCAGGAAAACAAGGAACCUACUAUUGGAGCUGCUUUUCUAACGCAAAAAUGUAACCUACCAACAAGAACGAUCAAAUUCGAGAUUUGGGAUACAGCCGGACAAGAACGUUUCGCGUCUCUUGCUCCUAUGUACUAUAGAAAUGCUCAAUCCGCCCUUGUCGUUUAUGAUCUUACAAAACCUACGUCACUAAUCAAAGCAAAGCAUUGGGUUGCAGAGCUUCAAAGACAAGCAUCGCCGGGUAUCGUGAUCGCGCUUGUAGGCAACAAGCUUGAUCUAACAAAUGAAUCCGACGAUUCAAAUAAUAACUUAGGAGAUGAGGAAUCAGCCGAAGGCGAGGACUCAGGUGGAGAUGCGCGAAAGGUAUCAACUGCGGAGGCUAAGUCAUAUGCUGAGGAAGAGGGAUUAUUGUUCUUCGAAACUUCUGCGAAGCUUGGCACAAAUGUAACGGAGGUUUUCACGGCAAUCGCAAAUGCCAUCCCAGAGACAUCUCUGAAGGGUGCUAGAGGACCUGGGGGUGUACAAGCAAGUUCAGCAAGAGGGGAAGAUCAGUCUAGGGUCAAUUUGACAGGACCAAGAGAUAAUGCUUCGAAGGAGGGUUGUGCUUGUUAA